CACCACUCCAGAUACCCUCAUACUUCAAUUGAAACGAACAUUUCCAUACCAGAAUCCCCAAAAUUACGCGUGAUUUUUGUUUCCCGCAUCAUCUUCACGCCACUUGACCCAGCGCAAUACAAUUUGACCUGUCGCGCGAACCAACCCAAAGUUACCAUCUCGUCGCAAAUACUGAAAAUGGAUAUCGAUACCGAUGAUGAUGUCCUCAGAUCCCUCGCAGAUGGGAACACUAUGGAUUAGUAAGCUCCGAAACUUGAUAGCUAGCUCCGAAACUUGAUAGCUAGCUUCGCAAACACUGAUAAGCCGCAGUGAACAAUGGCCGGCUCUUCUAUCGCGCCUCAUAUGCAGAUUAGAAAAGGUAUGGCUUCAGACCGCAUUCUCUAUUCGUUCUAACCUGGACCAGAUUGUCGAAUCCGAAUUCCCCAAACCCGCCUUUCUUCCCUCACAACCGGCCUCUUCUCACCCUAUGCCCUCAUCCCCUCCAGAUCCAGCUCCAGCUCCAGCUCCAACUGAGUCCACAAACGAAGCAUCUUCAACCCAAGCAACCCAAGGAGCAUCAGAGUCAACACAAUCAACAGAUAAGGAGAAUGCGCCUCCAAAGGUACCACAUAGUAAUCUGCUACCCAAAAACGAAGAACUUCUGAAGUCCAUAAUUUCAACACUUAAUACCCUCUUCUCGAAAUACCCACCUCAUACUGUACAAAGACUAGCGGAACUUACUUUGCAACCCAGACAACACUACAAAACUUUGGCUUCGUAUCUACAUGCGGUUGAUAGGGUAGUACAUGUUUCCUCUGGUGCCAACACAUUUCCACUCCCGCCAGCAAUCCCGGAUCCCUCCAGCGCAAACGUACUCUCAAAUGGAAAUGCGGACCCCUUUGCUGUAUCAUGGGGAAAUGCUACGACAUCCGUUCAAUCUACUCUAGGAUCGGACGAGAGUCUAGGCGGUGCUUUACUCACACCUAUACCAUGGCUCACAAACAAGAGUGCAAGUGCAAACGGAGGUUCCCAACACUCAGGAACCCACUCACCGAUGGAGCGAGAAGUGAGGACUGAAAGCACGGAGAUGAUAGAAGGACCCAAUGGACCUGGUGGAGUCGAGACAGUAACAGUAUCCGUGAACGGAAUUUCUUCAGCUACCUUAGCACAAACAAUACCCACUGAAAGCAACAAUAUGACAACAAAUCUACGAGCUGAAGGAGGAGUCACUCAAGGCGAGUUGCUCAGACAAGAACAACGUGCGGGCGUGGUACCUGCUGCCCAAUUAACGGGCAAUAGAGGAGAUCCUGAUGGUCUUGGGGAAGAAGAUGAGGUUCCUCAUGCGAGAGGACCGGAGGAAAUUGGAUUGGAAGACACGGGACCACAGCCAAAGGGGUCGAGUACUGAUGUUGUUGGUCCUAGUGUUACAAUAUAUGGGAUUGAUGUUGAGGCUGCGAUUGGAAGGAAGAUUGAACCUGUUGAACCUGUUGAACCUGUCGAACCUGUACAACCCGUUGAGGCGAAAGAUGGGGACGGAGAUGAGAAGAUGAAGGAUGAGGGUGAGACGCCGGAGACUAGCAAAGAGGAGGUGAAGGAGGUGAAGGAGGUGAAAGGUGAGGAUGAGAAGGAAGUUAAGGAGGAUGUGGAUAUGAAAGAGAGCGGGGAGAAGGUUGAGGAGGAGGUCAAGAAGGAGGGUGAUGCUGUAUGAUAGAUGGAAUAUUUUGCCGACUCGCUGUUUUUAAGCUGGCAUGAUGAAUGAAGAUAUUCUAGCAGAGUCAUGGGCGAGUUUGGAGAGCGCUGUUUUCGCUACCUUGCAAUUGGAAUACGUGAAUCAAU